UGUGAGGACGCGGAGGGAUAGAUAGACAGUGUGUUCUGCCUGGUCACACUCUCUCUUCCCGUCUCCUGCUGUCUAACCGGGCUGACCGACCGCCUGCUGCUCUCUCCUGGGAUGGAUGGAUGUACACUGUUCUAGCCUGACUGUCUGACACCCUCACUGACUGACUACAAAGGAGGAAGGAGGAGGGGCACACUGAACACAUCAGCAGGUGGCUGCCAAGCCUCUCCACGCUGUAGGAGAUUACUAAGAGGAAGACUUCAGACUCACUGAGGAGAACACAAAGAGAAGGAGGGAUACAGACAGAGAAGAAAGAAAGAAACUCUCCAAGUUGAAUGGUGGCUUAGUGUGGGACUGCCCAAUUCUGGUUCUGGUUUUCAUCCUCUCCUUCUAAUCAGGGACUGAUUCCGACCUGGUACACAAGCCAAAAUGACCCGAGCGGCCCAGCUGGACAUCCAGUGAUCCAGAUCCAGCUGAAAGAGACCGGACCAAUUCACACCUACAUAACGAGCUGUGAUUUGGAGAUGAAUGGGAAUGUAGGAGGUAGAGGACCUGUGAGUUCACCCAGAGACAUUAACUGCAACUCCAACAGCACCACCAUGGUAUCAGACCUAUCCUCCCCAGAGUCUCAGACCCAGUCCCAGCCCUUCACACCACGGGCAUCUCGUACUCCAAAGAAAGCUGCUACGUUUGGGAAGCGUUCUAACUCCAUGAGGAGGAACCCUAAAGCUGUAGUAGCUAAGCAGGGCUGGCUAUACAAACAGGCCAGCAGUGGAGUGAAACAGUGGAACAAGAGAUGGUUUGUCCUGACUGACCGAUGCCUGUUCUACUACAAAGACGAGAAGGAGGAAGGAGUGUUGGGAAGUCUUCCUCUGCUCAGCUUUCGGAUCGGAGAAGUGCAGGUGCUGGAUAACAUCAGCCGCAAGCACGCCUUUAAGGUUUGGUACGAGGAAGAGGAGGAAGGUGAGAUUAAGGGCACCAUUGUGUUCUGCCUGCAGGCUGAACACGCAGGAACACGCACGUACUACUUCGGCGCUGAGACUGCCGAGGAACAGGAGGAGUGGAUCGACGCUAUGAACGAGGCUGCACACGUCCAGAUACCGCCUGCACAGAGGUCCACACAAGCACACACAUGCAUGACCACCAACUCCGAGGCCACCACGCCCACAGCAGAACUCCAUGGUAACACCUUGGUAACCAAAGGACCUGAACCACACACCCAGACACACACACACAUUGAGGACAACGGCCAGACGACUGAACUCCUAGACCCAGAGCGCGGAUCACGAGAACCCGCACAUCACAAGGUCAACGGGGUCGACGCCAUGGAAACGCCCCCUCCCUCUACCAGCCAUUCAGAAAAGGACGGGAGGAUGGGGGGAGAGAGAGGGGAGAGGGGGGAGAGAGGAGUGCUUGGACCUGGGGGUGCACCCCAUCACCAGCCCAAUGGGUGGGGCACCUACGGCCCCCCAAACCAUGGAAACGGACCACCCCAGGGUAACGGGCGGCCACCCCAGGCACCUCCAGAGGGAGGGAUGAGAGAGGGGAGGGAGGUGAGGGAGCAGCCUGAGAACAUGGUGCUGAGACGGGGUUUCGUGCCACGGACAAACCCUGAGAGACAGGCCCAGAGGAAGAGCUCCAUGACUCAGCUACAGCAGUGGGUCAACCAGCGCAGAGUCAUAGCUGUACAGGAGGACUUGAACAGUCCAUCUCAUUAUUACACAGUGAACCGUGGCGCACCAGCUGACUACUACAGCGUCUACAGUAGCGUGGGGGGCGGUCCGGGCUACGUGGAGGAGUACCCCCUCUACCCUCCAGGCGUACGCCCUGACAGCAUCUGCUCCGUGUCAGCCGUGGGCUACGACCGCAUGGGCCCCCCUCGCUGGACCAACGAUGAGAAGAGACGCUCACUGCGGGACGGGCCCCUCUUCAGACCCCCGCCCCCCCGAGACCCAUACGGCCCCCCACCCAGCCCUGCCUAUUACGGCCAGAUGGAUGCAGCCCAGACCGCCAUGAGGCGUCUGUCCAUCCAACCUAGGUCUAGGUCCGUUCCCAGGUCCCCCUCCUCGUCCACGGGUGGUCCCUACUCUCCCAGCCCCCAUAGCUUUGCCUCGCCUAUCUGCUCACCCUCGGCCCGGUUUGACAGAGGACCAGGCAGGCUACGGGAGGAUGUGAUCUACGCUGACCCCUCUGUGUAUGGACUGAGGAGAUCAAUGAGCUCUCCCAAGUAUGAUUACCCUGGAGACAGGAGGUCGCUAAGCCAAGGAAUGUACCACUACAACUACCCUGCCUCCCCCUCUCUCCACAGCAAAAUGGAGGACAUGUUAGACCUGCAGCUCCAGAGAAACCUGGAGUACCUCGAUCAACAGGUGCCUCCGUUCCAUGACCCAUACAGGGAGCUUCACCCCACACUGAAACUCAAUGAGAUUGAGACCAGCAAACUCUUGGGUCGUCUGUGUGAGCAAAACAGGUUUCUAAAGGACCAGGAGGCAGUUGUUCACAGGCUGAGAAUGGACAAGGACAGCCUAGAGGGAGCACUGGUGGCCACACAUCAGGAGAUGGAGCUGUACCGGGGUCAGCCGCUGGUUGCAGACAAACUACAGCUGAAGAAGGAGACACUGCAAAACCAGCUCAUCAACAUCAGAGGAGAACUCUCCCAGGCAUCCAGCGCUCUGACCACCACACGGAUGGAGUUUGAAGCUCUGGAGGACGAGGUCAACGCUAUCCAUGGGGACCUGUGGGAGCAGCUCAACGCAGGCGUGCAGAGUGAGAUGGUCCAUAGACACAUUCAGAAGGAGUUCUGGAGAGUUCAGGAAGUGUGGGAGGGGCUCCACAAGAGCAACCUUUCCAGAGGCACAGACACAGCAAAACACAGGGUGGCCAGUGGGGCAUCAGGUUCCUUUAGCACCAAUAGUCCUGCCAGUCCCCUGAGUUCAGUAAGCCUCACCAGUCCACUCAGCCCCUUCUCCCCAGUGCCCGGCUCCCAGGCUUCCCCCACCAAACAGCUGGGUCCGGAGGACAUUGGCCCGCCACGGCCACCACUUCCCAAAUCCUACUGCCCCCUGGAAUCGCCCCCCUCCAUCCCCCCUCUGCCGUUCGACAGCUCUGCCUGGCCACGCAGCCUGGGUCUGGAGGACGGUUACAUUGACGAUGAAGAGUCCCACAGCAGAAAGCAAAAGUAUGGUUACCGACAGGAUGUGUCACCGGGAGAACGGACCAAUAGCAACGAAGCUCAGGAGCUGGAUCAGGAUCGACAGGCCAACAUGAAUAAAGUGGGGAUUGUUCCUCCCAGAACGAAGUCUCCCAUGGAGGACCAGGGCCACUCCUACGACCAUGGAAUCACCCGACGCAACGGCAAAGUGCCCAAUGGAAUCUCCAGGGAGCGCCCGAAGAGUGCAGUGUUCCCUGCUGAGGUGAAGUCCAAGAUGAGCAUUGAGGAGCAGAACGAGCGUAUCCGUAGGAACCAGAGCAGCUCUGUCAGGGACAAGAGACGCAGUCUGAACCUGGGUAGCCAGGCAGGCCCAAACUACAGAGUGGUGAAGCGGAGGCUAACAGCCCAUGAGGUGGACAUCAAGGACCUGGAGGCUGCAGUACGGGGCGAGGGGGUGCUGGAAUCACCAAGGGAGGAGAUUGCUCGCCUCAGACGGUUACAGAUGGAACCUGACCACUACGACCUGGACAUCGGCAAAGAGCUUUGUGCUCCAGACAAGGUUCUGAUCCCGGAGCGCUACCUGGAUGUGGAGCCCAACACUCCUCUCAGCCCAGAGGAGCAGAAGGAGAAACAGAAGAAAGUAGAGAGGAUCAAGACUCUCAUUGCCAAAUCAAAUCUCCAGAAUGUGGUUCCCCUAUUGGACGGUCCUACUGAGGGGGGCGGUUCUCAUCACCAGGGCAACCCAGAGCAGAAGAUCCAGGAGCAGGAGAAGAGGAUCGAGAUCUCCUGUGCUCUGGCCGCCGAGGCCUCGCGACGCUCCCGCCUGCUCUCCGCCCAGUGCGCCCCCAGCCUCCCCGCCUCCCCGACCAACCUGGCCCCUCACCCGUCCUCCACCGACUUCUCCGACUCCGUUCACAUCAUGAAGGUGUGAGUCUGUGAAGCUCAAGCUCUGGCUGCCGUCAAGUUUGACGGAGCGUCCUUCUGAGGAUCCACUGGAAUAUAAAAAAAAUGCCCAAAGAAACUGGUUAAUCUCCCAGACCACCUGCCCGCCGGUCCACAACAACACCACCGGAAACAUGAAGCGGUCACAGGAAGUUUGGGAAGUUGACCACCUGAGGACUUUUUCAAGGCAAACAGACUAUGAUGGAGGCCCACACCUCCCACCACAAGGGGGUCUAUAAUGGCACCCUCCACUCUCUCUCUUAUCCUUCACCACACUUACACAAUUCUUCUUAGUCUAGGCCUGGUAGAAAAUAGCUUCUCUAUAAGGGCAGGUAACGCAAACUAAACAAAUGCAAAUAAAACACAAUGCUGUCAUGUUUCACUAUUUUGGGGAUGAUGCGUUUGACACAGCAUUUGAUACUACUAAGCUAGCCAGAAACCAGGGGGUGUAUACAGCACUCAAACAUGCUCUCCUCCAUGCUACACUGACAGUGAGACUGUUUCAACAGUUUUUCUCCGUUACUCAGCUCAGGAAAGGUGUAUGCUAUAGAGAGAUUAGAAGGUCCACAGAGACUAGAAGCACAGGACAGUAGAGCUCUGUGACUGAACGGUUCAGGAGGGGACUUAACGUACGUGAUGCACGGAUCUCUGUUAAGAUGAAGAGGGAUUAGGACUGCCGGAGCUGGACUUCAGGAAGAGGGACUGGGGAGUGAGAGCUUCUUAUUGGUGCAGAGAGCAGUAGAACCAAUCAGAGGCUGAUGUUACAGUGUAACAGGAAAUGGUCACAGAAGAGGAGGUGGACAGAUGGUAGUUCAAGAACCAUAAAGAGAGAUAGGAGUGGGAACAGUAACAUAAUAUAGGGUUUCCCAAACUCGAUCCUGGGGCCCCCCUGGGUGGACAUUUUGUUUUUUGCCCUAGCACUAAACAGCUGAUUCAGGAUCGAGUUUGGGGAAACCCUGACACAACAGGAAAUGGCCUCUUCAGAGCAACGUUGUUUUGUCUCUGAUUGGCUCCCAGGUAAUUGUUUCAAACUCAGUUAAACAGCCCUUGCCCUUCGACUUCCUGGCGUCGUCUUCAGAGGCCAUUAGUGGGAGAGCUGUACUGUAUGAAAGUACCCCCCCCCCCCUCAAUACAGUGGUCGCAGGACAUUGGUGUACAGCAGUGUUUGCAUGAGUCUCCCUUCGAACACCUCUCAUCCCAGGUGAGGAACACCCAUAUUGAACACCUAACCCACUGUGACGCCUGCCUCCCAACCUUUUCUCCAGGCUAGGCUACACCCCCUCUGUCCCCUUUCCCGUCCUACACCCAGGGCUGGUUGGGACCUAUAUGUGUAUGUGUGUGACUGUGUGCAGGAAGACCUAUCCUGCCUCACUCUGAAACCACUGUUAGUUCUCUGGUAACUGUGUGUCUUGAUGUGAGUACAGCCCACACACCAUUGGCAUUAAAGCCAUUGGACUCCUCUUAGUUCUCUCACUGCUAUAAGACCUUACUUCAGUGGUACAGUAUGUCAAUAGAUACAUGUGUAGAUAAAAUCUCUCUAUAUCUACAUUUAUAUAUAUAUAUAUAUAUAUACAGUACAGUAUAUAGUAUGUGGAAAGACGUCAGUAAAAAAAAGAAAAGAAGUGACCUUAGAAUAAGUCUGCUAGUUGAAACACUUUGUUUGUGUUAAGAUGGGCCAGCAACCUGCAUCACAGCCAACUUACAGUGUGUACAUAUCAGAAAGCUAAAUGCAUCCUACAUGUAUCAUAUCCCUAAUAUUAUACAGUGCUAUGUUGAAGACUGAACCUUUUUUAGCAUAUAGAGAUCGUUUAUUCUGAUCAAUACGUUUUUACCUCUCAAAAUACAUCUAAUUAUUUUUCUAUGAACCAUCACUUCUAACGUGAUCAACCACUUUGGGUGAGAGAUAGAUAGACACAGAAAUAUAUAGACAUAUUGCUGUCCUGGUCAGGGUUGGAGGAACUCAUAUAUUAUACGCGUAUAUGACAAGUCACUCCACAUUCUAAGUGGAGGAUGUAUCAUGGUGCCGGUAUGUGCAACAUCCUCGUCGUCCUCCUGUCCUCUAAUAUAAGUUGCCGACCCAUCCUUUGCAUUUUGGCUGUCUCUUAAUAAGGAACAUUUUGUUUGUCAGUCGAUCACUGUUAGCAUCUCCAGAUUUAACCUGUGGCCCUCUGAAAGCGCAGCCCUUUCUAUUUCUGUCUACAUUCCUCCCUCGCAAUCCACCCAUCUCUCUUUCUCUGUCUUUUUUCCUUCAUCCAUUCGUUUCUCCCCCUUUGUCAUAUUGGCUCAGAGGCAAUGCUGUGUCUGUAUAAGAGGAUGUCUUUCUUCAGACUCAAGCCAUGCUGUUUGGAGGCAAGGGAAACCUUUGUGUACACAUAGCAGAUUAUUAUAAAAGAAAAUUAAAAAGUCUGAAGAAAAUAGUUAUAUUUUUUUCUUGUUUGAGAAAGGGACAACUAAGGUCAAAAGAUACAGUACAUAUUUUUUUAGACUCAUGGGUAUUUGAUGACUAAAAUAAGGUUCCAGCCGACAGGUUACAUUUUUAGCAUGUAAUCAGGAAUGUUUAGCGUUUUUCACAAUAUUGGGGGAAAAUGAUUAUUGCUAAAAUAUUUUUUUAAUUUGCUUUUAAGAUUUGUCUUGAAGGCCCUGGUUUAAAGAUGAUUUUGAAAAUAUUGGUAUUUUUGGAACAAUUGGCCUCAUAAUGUGUUGAGAAACACAAAACAGCCAAAUACGGGGUGUCCAAUAUUUGAUUAAAAAAUGUAGCAUUUAUGGCUAAUAAUGAUGUGGAAAGAUUUAGCACAUUGGUCUAUGUACAUAUUUCCCAUUUCAACUACGUAUAUCUUAAUAAUAACAACAUCAACUGUUGCUAUUUUGGCGAAAAUACACAAAAUGCUUGAACUAUGCAAAUAAAAAAGUGAAAAAUCAUAUGCUUGCUUUAGGAAAACCUUCUUGCAAUAAAGUGAAUGUAUACAAAUAUAUACAGUAUGUGUUUCUCUUUAGAUGUUUUCGGAAUAUUCCGCCGUACUUUCUAAGAAACAUCAUAAUCAUAAUCAUUGAUAUUAUUACCGUUAUUGUUUUGAUCAUGUUAAUGAUGUUGAGUAUCACUGCCAAAAUAAUUAUACUACUGAUCAUCAUACUUUCUGUCUGUUAUAUUAAUAGACCUUUACUGACAAUAUCAUAAGGACUCAUUAUAUCAUAUGGACUCUUAAUAUUAUAUCAUAAGGACUCUUAUAUUACUUUGUUAUAUUCUAUUAUAUGUGUAUGUCUGAUAAAUAAACCUGAUGAUAUCAUGUAGACUUUGAA